AAGAGAAACUCAUCAGACGAAGACACAGGAAAAAAAUGAGCAAAGGAAAUCAGCAGAGGUUUCAUUGAAGGACAAAGAGAAAUGGUCAAUACAUGGAUGAAAACAUGUUUAACUUCAGUAAUAAUCAAAUAAUAAUCCCUGUGUUCCUGGGCGAGUCAGUGCCACCCGAGAUGUUGGCGGCCACUUUGGCUGAGCUGGACGGAUGCCUGCAGCUGCUCGAGGACAAGUUCCUGCGGGACCAGGCCUUCCUUACUGGGUCCCGUAUCUCUGUGGCUGGCUUGGUGGCAAUCACGGAGCUGAUGCAUGAGAGUGCCAUGGGGUGCGGUGGCCCGCUGGGCAGUGGUGUAUCCGGGAAGGGAGCUGACAUCCCAGCUCAUGUUGUCUUUUCUGGCUGUGGGACCCUGUCCCAUCAGUGCUGGCUGCUGAGUCUUUGAAAGCAGACCCACGGUGGCAGCAUGGUGCCCAACACGUGGAGGCUGCAGUGCGGGAGGACCUCUUCCAGGAGGCCCUCCCAGCUGUCCUGAAGG